AUGUACAACAAAGCUACCGCCGCCGCUUUGGCGACUCUGCUGGCUCUAGGUCAUGCCCAGGAAAUCGGCAAACAGGACGCCGAGACACAUCCCAAGAUCACCUGGCAACGCUGUACUGGACCCAAUAAGUGCUCCAACGUCAACGGCGAGCUCGUCAUCGACUCCAACUGGCGAUGGACUCACGUAGUGGAUGGCUACCAGAACUGCUACGACGGAAAUGAUUGGAACAAGACUGCAUGCCCGGAUGCCGACACUUGUACGAAGAACUGUGCCAUCGAGGGUGCCGAUUACUCGGGGACGUAUGGUGUGAGCACUUCCGGCAACGGGGUGACCAUGAAGUUCCAAAAUCAACAUCAGUAUGGUACGAAUAUAGGGUCCCGCCUUUAUCUCAUGAACGGCGCCGAUAAGUACCAAAUGUUCACAGCCAAUGGCAACGAAAUCGCCUUCGAUGUUGAAAACGCUGACCUGGGUUGUGGUCUGAACGGUGCUGUGUACUUCGUGUCCAUGGACGAAGAUGGUGGAAAGACGCGCUAUCCGUCUAACAAGGCCGGUGCUAAGUAUGGUACCGGAUACUGCGACUCGCAGUGUGCUCGAGAUCUGAAGUGGGUUGGCGGCAAGGCCAAUGUCGAGGGCUGGGCACCAUCAAAGACGGACAAGUCUUCUGGCAUCGGUAACGCGGGAGCCUGCUGUGCUGAAAUGGAUUUGUGGGAGGCCAACAGCAUGUCCUUCGCAUUGACUCCUCAUCCAUGCAAGAAAGACGGAUACUUCGUCUGCAACACGGGGGAUUGUGGCGGUACAUAUUCUGAGGAUCGCUACUCGGGUAGCUGUGAUCCUGAUGGCUGUGACUUGAACCCGUUCCGUCACGGCAACACCGAUUUCUACGGCAAGGGAAAAACGAUCGAUACCAGCAAGAAGUUCACCGUCGUGACCCAAUUUCACGGCUCCGGUACAUCUCUUACAAGCCUCUCUCAGUAUUUCAUCCAGGACGGCAAGAAGAUCGAAGUUCCCAAAUCCAAAUACAUUUCUGGUGGCAGCACGAUCGAUGCUGGCUUCUGUGAUGCUGCUAAGGAUAUCUUCAAGGACAACAAGCAGUUCCAGCAGAUGGGCGGUUUGAAGACGAUGGGCCAGGCUACCGGCAAGCCUAUGGUCUUGGUCUUAUCCGUCUGGGAUGAUGCUUACGCCAACAUGCUUUGGCUAGAUGGCCAGAAGUACCCUCUUGACCGCGCCGCGUCCGAGCCGGGCGUUGCCCGCGGCGAAUGCGACGUCAACGGUAGCAAGCCCGAACAUGUCCGCGAAAAAUUCAAGAACGCCAAGGUCACUUACAGUAACAUCAAAUUCGGACCCAUCGGAUCGACUUACAACCUUUAAGUUGGCGUAUGCUCCCCACUCCCCGCAAAGGCGGUUGUGGCCUAGACAUGAAGGAUCCGUUCACUUCGUUGUCAUAAUUCUAACAAUAGUUAGUUUGUAUGUACGGAAUAGUUAAGAGAUAUGUAGAAGCAAAAGAAUUCAAGGAAGGGUUUUCAUCGACAUUCUCCACCAAACAUAAUUUCCAUUUCGAAUACACACUACGUCUUACGCCACUUGUAAUAAUAUUGACAUAUGACGUGACAUACCCAAGGCGCCUAAUAGUACCUGUCAUUGAUCACUUGUUGGUAACAAGACAUAGUUAGGUCCAUGAGAUGUGUCACACUUCGUAUCACCUUCCCGUCCUGUAAAAUCGACGA